AUGUCAAAAAGGGGUGGACGCGGUAAACGAGGUGGACUAGGAAGAGAAGAUGGACGACGUACCACUCCCUACAACACAUCAGUUCCGGACACAAUUUUUGAGACCGAGCAAGAAAGUGAUAGUAAUGCUACAAUUGCAAAGCGUGGCAUCACUUGUGGCAAAGGUGCUCGAAAGGCAAUGAAAGCGUCUAAGAAGAGAUUGCCUGUAGAAUUUAAUUUUGUAGCAAGGCGAGUAAUAUGUAACAAUGAAUCACCUUUCACAUAUGAGUGUGGCUAUAUUUUACGUAAGAACUGUAGCCUACAACACAAAGAGUGGAGGCUUGUACCGAAGGAAGAGAAGUUUCCAUUACGCCACAAGCUAACUACGCUUUUUGAUAUUGAUGUGGAAAAUGAGAAUGUUUGCAAAGUUAUCGAUAGCUACAUGGCAAGGUCAUGGAGAAAUUUUCGAGCUGAGUUGCAUAAAUACUUUAAGAGAUUGGAGGGCCAGAAGACCCAAUAA